AUGGAUGGUAAGGACCUCCCCUGGUAUUCAUGCUAUCUUUCGGAUUUGGACCACCGUGACCUGUCGAUAUUACAAUCCCUUCUGCAAUUGGAUUCCUCAUAUGAGCUUCGACUCCCAUCACCCAAUGAACAUCCUUCGUCUCCUCCUGAAGGCUGUAUCACUGUCUUUAGAGAUCAGAUUAUGGGCGGUCUUCGCUUUCCUUUGCACCCCUUUAUUUCAGACAUCGGCGUCUCCCAGUUUGCUCCCAAUGUAUUUCGAGCUAUCUGUGGAACCGUCAUCUUAUGCCUUGGUGUUCUUGUUCGUUUGUCUGUGUUGAUGCUGGAAGGCAUUUUAUACACCUUCGGUCUUAGUCCCGUCCCUGUAGAAAUCGAAGCUCCCUUUGUGGCUGCUAUCCUCCGUUCCUUCGCCUGCCAAGAGACGCCCGCAGUUGCUGUCCUGGAAGCCCUGCAUCAGGAGCUAACACCAGGCCUACCUUCUGAUCCAGCUGCUGCCUUCGAUCCUCAACUUCCAGCACCCCCGACCUCUGAUGUUGUGAUUGCCCCGCCGCUCGCAGUGCUACCUUCUCCCAGCGCUGCAGACCCAGCAUUGUCCCACACCUCCGAUCAACCUGCGACUGCUUCUUCGCCCACUAGACAGGCUCCUCCUCUUCGUCCUACUCUGCGGCUGCAUGUGACGCGCAAUAGCAAACGGACGGCCCCGGUCACCGCCACUUCUCCUCCACCUUCACAGCGCCAACGCGUGGUGAUUCUUUCUUCCCCCUCCAAGUCUUCGGGCACGAGCUCGGCUCAGGAGACAAGUUUGGGCCAGGAACAGGCCUAUGACCUGGAGGUGGCAGGCCCGCCGUCAGACCGACUUACUACGGCGCCACUCCAGAGCGUGCUACCUGCCCCGCCUUCACCUUCUGGUGGCCAACCCCUGGAUUCGUUGACUCCUCCAGCCUCCUCCUCCCCGGACUGGGCCUUUAGGGCCCUCUGGAGGCUUCCUUCGGUGACUGACCCGGUGAACGUGCCGGCUGCUACCUCAUCCCCUUUUUUUGGCAGGGUCGACUUCCACGGGGCCUUGGCCAACUCCUGGCAAUCGGCUCAUCGGCAGUUCUGGGAAAGCGAAUACCCUCUGGAAGAGCUCGAUCAGGUUGCUUGUUCUCUGGUCGCGACCUGCUCGGCGAGUCUGAGCGUAGUCCAACGAGCGGCCGAGCUAGAACGGGAGAAUGUGGCCCUCAAGGCCCGUCUCCGAGAACUGGAACCCCCUUCAUCUUCCGCAGCUCCUUCUGAUCCCUCCCUGGAAGGCCUAGACUCCUGUCUGCAUGCCGCCGGGGAAUCAGCGGCCUCCGCCCGGGCCCUUUCUGACGCCGCAUUCAACAAACUACGGGCAUUGGAGGCGGCCUUAAAGGCGAAGUUGCUUGCCGUGGCCAAUGCUGCUGUGGGUCGGGAAACCACCCUGCGAGCUCAGUGGGAAGCUUGCCAGGCCCAGCUUCAAUCUUUGCAGGCGGAGCUUUCGCGGGCCCAGGAGGCAGUGUCUCAGGGCCAGAGUGCCCUGGCUGCAGCUCGCGCGGAGGCUACCCAGGACAAGGACGCCAUAGCAGAGUACCUGGCGGGAGAGCUCGGGCGGCUAAAGGCCUACCGCUUGGCCUAUGUUCGUUCUUCCUUUUUCCUUCAGAAGCUGGGGCGCUGGAUGGUCGUGUUGCUGAGUUACGGGGCUGCUGGCGGGGACACAUUCCCCUCCUUCGAGGCGGAUGACGGGCUCUUCUUCCAGGCUGCUCCUCCUCCUGCUGCCGCUCCAACCCCCGUAGAGGUGUCUCCCCAGGAUCUUCCUGCCGCCAUCCCCGAAGCUUCUGAAGCCCUUGCCCCUUCUCCUGCUGCCGCUCCAACCCCCGUAGAGGUGUCUUCCCAGGAUCUUCCUGCAGCCAUCCCCGAAGCUUCUGAAGCCCUUGCCCCUUCUCCUGCUGAACCAGCCGACCCGGCUUCCCCUCGGUCGGCUCCUGAUAACCUGUCUCCUCCUUCUCCGAACGUAGUGUAA